UAGACAGUUUACGUUACAGUCAAAAACAAGUAUCGACUUCUUCAAUAUAUAUAUAAAGGAAAUUAAUUAUGAGUAAUGAGAUUCAAUAUGUUCUAAAGUAUUGCUGUUUGUUCAUGUAUUAUCUUCACAACUGAAGGACAUAGUGUAUUUGAUAUGGAGAUGGUUCAAUGCAAUGUGUUGUGUGAGUUAAGCUACUCUACCAGUAAGUGUAUGUUUGUACUGUUUCAGGUGAUCAGUAGUGUGUGAGUUCUCACAUGGCUUGUCCUGAGAACAUGUUUUUUCUCAUUGUCCUCUUUAUGUCAGGUGUUUUGGCCUGUUUUGGUCAACGAGAUUUAAACACCACAAUGCCAGAUAGACUGGAUGUACUGACUGGCUCCUGUAUGCAAAUCCCAUGUUCAUUUGAUAUUCCUGGAGAAAAUAAGUAUAAAUUGAACACCACAAUACAAACCUCUGGAGUGUGGAUUAAAGAAAUCCCACAGUUUGGUUAUCAUCCGGACAAUGUGAUAUUUAACAGUAGUGAGACGGUCAACAGAUAUCAAGGGAAGAUAACUGGAAACAUGUCCCAGAAGAACUGCACCACAGUCUUCUUCAAUGUAGCCACCAGUUACACUAAUAGAUACUUCUUCAGGAUUGAGAGUCAACCAUUCCGUGCAACAGAUCCUGAUAAGUCUGUUUAUAUAGUUGUCAGAGAUUUGCCUUCCAGUCCAAUCAUUACUGUCUCAGGUGAAGUGAAGGAAGGGACCUCUGUCAGUUUUAACUGCUCUGCUGUCGCUCCCUGUCCUGAACACCCCCCUGAGCUGACAUGGACUCUCCCAACACAGUUCACAACUGAGAAUCAACUGCAGGAGAAUCCAGACCAAACCAAAUCAGUUCUCUCCACGGUGACCUUCACUCCAUCAUACCUUCAUCAUGAGAAGAACAUCACUUGUACUGCAGUCUACCCAGUAGGGACAAGCAACAAGACAGCUGAACAUGCCAUGAUGCUUAAUGUUUCAUUCUCUCCUAAAGACACCUUGGCCUCCAUCAGUCCAGCUGAUCCAGUAUCAGUGGGCAGCUGUGUUAAUCUGACCUGCAGCAGUACAGCCAACCCUCCUGUGACAACCUUCACCUGGUUCAUGAUCAGUGGGGGUAAUUUAACACAGAACUCCCCGGUUGGGACAGUGUGUGCUAACCAGGCCACAGCUGGAGAGGAACCAGAGGAACCUGCAGAAGACCAGUCUGAAGAGAUCCACUACGGUGACAUAGACGUCUCCAAACUACGGCCCAAAGAGACCCCAGCUGCAGCCCAGGACAGGGUCCAGGGACAGGAGAGUGCGUACGCUGAAGUCAACGUGACCAGAAGAGGGGCCCAGGAACCACCUCUUAACAACCUAGAUGGGCUUUAUGCACAAGUGGAUAAAAGAGGUGCAUGUUAA